UGACAUAUAUCUUGCUAUUUUAAAAAAUCAUGUAGGCCUAUUAAAAUGUACAUGGAGAGGCAUAUCUUUUUUUAUAUCAAUGGUGUACUAUGUAUUUUAUUUCGAAAUUGCAAACAUUGAUGCAAUGUUUCAGUGAAUUUGCACUACAGCUUGCUCAACUCAACAGAUGCAAAAAUAACAAGGCUUGUGUUAAGAUCGAAGGAAAACUUUGCAAACAAAAUGUGUAUGGAUAUCUUGUUAUGAUCAUCUUGCAACAGAUGCACGAUACAAGGCCGGGGAAAACUUUGCAAACAAAAUGUGUAUGGAUAUCAUAUUACUUCAUCUUGCAAUAGGAGCACUAUACCAGAGUGACCCGCAGCCAGCAAAUCAUCUGUUAUAGCGGCUGAACCGAUAUUGUGGUGAAUAACGGCGAGAAAAAUGGAGUACUAUUCAAUGUCUACGACAACAUCGAACAUGUCGAUUGACGAAAUCUUUAUCCCUUCACCGACAGUUGCAAUUCUCAUUGGGAUUGACGUCUGCUUCAUCAUCCUUUGCAUUGUGGGAAAUUUAUCCGUGCUAAUCACAACAGCAAAGGCGAAGACUUUACGCACACCCUCGUUUUUGUUUGUCCUCUCUGUAGUUCUCGGCCACCUAUUGGUCGGAUUCUUCAUCUUACCAAUGUUUAUCAUCAGCCACUUUCCGGAAAAGUACAUGACCACGCCGAUAUGUAAGGUGAUUAUGUAUUUGUCGAAAAUAGCGAGUAAUGCAAGCAUAUUGUCCUUGAUCCCGUUAACUGUUGACAGCUUUUUGAAAAACAGCCGCUUCAACAGGAAGAAGAAUUUAACAUAUUCAAAUGCUCUCAUCCAGUUAGCAAUUGUUUGGACUAUUUCGAUUGCAUAUGCCUUAUUUUUUCCGUUAGUCUACGAAAUGGUCGAAAAGGUUUUCCCAAAGGCAAACAAUCCGUCGCAAUUCUGGUCGACAAAUAUGUGCGACUUCCCAACCAGACAGUCCAAAGCUCACAAAAUGUUCUUAAUCAUCGAUAUGCUAAUCAUGUACAUUAUACCGGUCAUCAUACUUGCUUCGAUGUACAUCCACAUCUUCUGGUGGCAGUGGAAGGGCCUGGCGAAAAAAAAGGUGCACGAAAUAAACGCAAAGGGUCGCGCAGCCGUAACAAAAGCUGGCGUGUUAUUCCUAACAGCAUUCGUGUUCUGCAGCCUUGGCAACUACGGUAUCAUGAUGUAUACCAACUGGGGACCAGGUCACUUUGUGAAUAUUCAUUUGUGGCAAUCCGUCUCGGCUUUAUUCGCUUACACCCAAAGCUGGCUAAACGUCGUACUUUUGAUACUUUUCAAUAAACCGUUCCGGGAUGCGCUACUUCAUCGUAAGGUCAACAGCACACAGGAGCAGAUUUCGGAGAUGAAGGAGUUGAAGAACGGCACAUCAGGAAGUCUCGAAAAUAUUGCAGAAAUACAGACAAAUAUGGGUAAAAAUCAGGAAAAUAUUGCAGAAAUACAGAAAAAUAUGGAUAAAAAUCAGGAAAAUAUUGCAAGGAUUGAAACCCAAGUUUAGGACAAAGCCACUUGAUCAAGGCUUGAAGUCAGAACGGAAGAUAAAACCACUUUUUGGGGUACAUCAAAAUUAAUUUGAAACCUAAGAGAAAGGCUUACUUUGUCUGGGACUGAGGGGUUCAUGAUUUUGGCUUUUUGACGAAAACAAACUGGCAGUCAAGUGUUGCCUUUUCAAAAUGUAUAUCAAGGGCGGGGUCAUGAUUUUUACAAACCUCCAUUCGUCUUUCUAUUAGGGACACCUGGUUGUCAACAUUUGAUAUUUCAAAACGUACAUUAACAACCAUGGCCGUCAAAGAGUUAAAGGGUGAACUAAUCAACAGACAACACUACCCUACAUGUUGCAUCAAAGAAGUUGUUUACCAGGAAACCAGUUGUUUACCAGAGCUAGAGCAUACUUAGCGUGAUGCAAAGUUAAUGGUGAUAGUAACCACCAGACAAUCGUUAAUAGAUAGCGGGCUUUGAGCAACAGUUCUCUAUACUUUCAUAUAUCACUGUUCAAUGUUGUUAACCAUGCAUUGUGAACUAUACGUAUCGACAGAUGGUAUGCUCAUUAAUAUUAGAUGUUGUUGCGGUCUGUCUGUGUUGUUGUGGUCUGAGGUGUGGGACUGUAGCAAGAUUAACACAAGGAAAAACACAACAAUUUCUUAAGCAAUCUUAAUCUCAAAUUUCAGCAUCCUGCCCUUUAAAGGGGGAGUAUUGGCAGGAGCUAGGUGGUCAACCUGUUGUCCUAAGGUGAAUAAUUAUGCACAGUUUGGCAACUUGGUUGUAUUUGAUUAAGUCAUGAAUAAAUCUCUCCUACAUGACUGAAUAGUUUUGACGUAUCAUACUGUGACAUAGAAGAGACCCCUAUUGACAACCUAGUAUAACUUUAUCUUGCCCACCUUGCUUCUGCCUACAGUCUCCCUGUAGAAACCCAGCAACGAAGAAAAGUCUAGCUGUGAUUUAGCCAGGAUGGAUGGUGCUAGAAAAGUGUCACAAGGAAGUUAAUUCCAGGCGUUUAGUUGUUCUGUUUGGAAAAAGUUCUUCUUAAUGAAGUUUGAUCUCUAGCGGGUUUCGGCCAGCUUAAGCCAGUGAAUUGUUUUAUCACUGUUUCUCGGAAAAUAUAAACAGGUUAUUUUUUUACCAAAUGUUCACUAAAGUGUUAGCGAUGUUUGUGAGUUCAGUCGAGGCUAAAACCAAGACCUUAUAUAUUAUUUGUACAACCUACUAAAAACACUUAAUAAUACUUGCGUUACCGGUGUAUGAUAUUUGAUAGCAUGAUAUUCUAAGAAAUCUUUGCCACAAGAAUAAAAAAUGUAUUGGAUUUGGCACACCCCCACUACAAAGUUAUUAGCAACUGCAUAUGAGAUGCAUGGAUGUCAAGGCAACGUCAUGUUUAACAGGAUUUUGAUAUAGGGUAAAUUUUGCGAAUGUUGGCCUCUGGGUCAAUCGUGAUAUAAACUAUUCCUCCAUCCAGACAGCCUGUAUUAGUGCCCAAUGACGACCCAGCCAGACUUACUUUACACUGUUAGAAAUGCCAUAUUAUCAAAUGAAAUGCUGUGUUUAAUUUUCAAAUAAUAAACCAAUCAUACAUAAAACACAAAAAAUUGUUAGUACACUUCUU